CAGGGGGAAACGCUGGGGUACAGGACGUGUUAUUUAUCGUCCUGACUAGCCCCCUUCUAAUAAGUGCAUGUACGUCUGCAGCCGCUGGACGCCGCUGACUCCCGUCUUCUCAAUGUCUUGACAUGGUCCCAUCUCUGGACGGUGAACCAAGGACAAGAUGUCGACGACAACCGAAGUCGCGCCGCUCACGGCGCCAGUGCCCGUCGACCUCCCCGACGCAGUGGAAUUCUUGAGUGAGAGUCAGUGGAAGGUACUCAUGGCUGUCAUGGACGCCGUGAUACCCGCUAUCCGUAUGGAAGACGCGUCCCAGCCCAGCAAGCCCAACCACGACCCAUCAGUUUUCUAUCUUCCCAGCGGCCAGUAUUCCGAGGCGGCGAUCAAGCUGAGGAACGCCGUCUCCCCUCUCGACCACCCAUCCGAUACGCUCGAGGCGUACCUUGCCGAGCGACCAUCGGACAACCCCCUGUUCACCCAGGUUCUCAAAUGCGUGCUCAGCAACCUCCCACCCAGCAAACAGCGCGAUAUGCGAGUCCUGCUGUCCAUCCUCAACACCCGUCCAGGCAGUCUCCUGCUCACCUCACACGCGAAACCACUGCCCGCCCUCCCCAUAACCGACCGGCUCAAGAUCCUCCGCAGCUGGAGCACCUCCCCCCUCUGGGCGCUCAGAUCCCUCUUCAAAAGCCUGAGCACGGUCGGCAAGCUGGUCUACAUCCGCAGCAGCGCCGCCUUCCCCGUCCUCACCGGCUUCCCGGCGGUGCCUACCGCCUGGGCCGCCACCUCCACCUCCCACCCUUUCACCUUCCUCCAAUUCCACCCCUCCUCCAACUCCCGCAAAACACCCGUAGAAGUCACCACCGACGUCGCCAUCGUCGGCUCCGGCUGCGGCGCCGGCGUGGUUGCGCACCGACUGGCGCGCGAGUUCGGGCCUGCGCUGUCCGUGCUCGUGCUCGAGAAGGGCCGGCACGUGGACGCGCGGCACUUCCCGCUGUCGCAGGCGGCCGGGCUGGCGACGCUGUUCGAGGCCGGCGGCGUGAUCGAGACGGACGACGGGUCCAUGACCGUCACCGCGGGCGCCUGCUUCGGCGGCGGCGGCACCAUCAACUGGAGCGCCAGCCUGCAGACGCAGGACUUCGUGCGCGCCGAGUGGGCGCGCGAGCGCGGCCUGCCCUUCUUCGAGAGCGACGAGUUCCAGGCCUGUCUGGAUCGCGUCUGCCACGUCAUGGGCGUCGCCGAAGUGCCCCCCAAUCAUGCCAACCGGGUGCUGCUGGAGGGCGCGCGGAAGCUGGGGUACCAGGCGAAGGCUGUGCCGCAGAACUGUGGCGGCAAGGAGCACGAUGAUGGGUAUUGUGCGCUGGGAUGCUGGAGGGGCGAGAAGAUGGGGCCGGUGAAUGGCUGGUUCCCGGAGGCCGCGAGACAGGGGGUCAAGUUUGCGGAGGGGAUGAAAGUGGAGAAGGUGCUGUUUGAGCAGAAGAAGGGUGCAAAAGUGGCGACGGGCGUCAAGGGCGUGUGGACGUCCAGAGAGGGCGAGAAGGUGGAAGUCAUUGUCAGGGCAAAGAAGGUCGUCAUCAGCUGCGGCACCCUUUGGAGCCCUGUCGUUCUGCUGAACAGCGGGUUGAAGAAUCCCCAUAUUGGCAAGAAUCUGCACCUCCACCCGACAAACUUCGUGUCUGGGAUCUUUGAUGAGGAUGUUCGGCCAUGGGAAGGCGGCUCCCUCACGUCGGUAGUGACCUCAUUCGAGAAUCUCGAUUCCAAGGGCCACGGAGUCAAACUCGAGGCCAUGACGAUGAUGCCCUCCUUCUGCCUCCCCUUCCUUCCCUGGACCACCGGUAUCGAAUACAAGCUCCGCGCCGCGCACUACCGGCACCUGAACACCUUCAUCGCGAUCUGCCGCGACCGCGACUCGGGGUCCGUCCACCGCGACCCCUCCACCGGCGCGCCGCGCGUCGCUUACACCCCCUCCGACUUCGACCGCGCGCACAACCUGCGCGGCGUGCUCGAGCUGUGCCGCAUCCUGCACGCGCACGGCGCGCGCGAGAUCCACCCGUCCAUCGCCGGGUGCCCGCCCUUCAUCCGCUCGGCGGCCAGGAGGAGGAGCGGGGAAGGGAGUACCCCGGAGAAUGCGGACGGAGAGCAGGGGGAGGAGGCCAAGGAGUUCGAGAGAUGGCUGGCCGGGGUAAGGGCGCUGGGCAACAAGCCGCCCGUCACGCCGUUUGCGUCGGCGCACCAGAUGGGCUCGUGCCGGAUGAGCGCGCGCGCCAAGGAUGGCGUGGUGGAUUCCAGGGGCAGGGUGUGGGGGACCAAGGGGCUGUAUGUGGCGGAUGCGAGCGUGUUCCCGAGCGCCAGCGGGGUGAAUCCGAUGGUGACGACUAUGGCCAUUGCGGACUGGAUCGCCAUGGGGCUGUGUGAGGAUCUACGGGGGGAGGGGGUUGCGGCGAGGCUGUGACGAUUCCAAGGUUGCACGACGGCCUCGAGGUGUCUGUGAGUGGUGCUGCAUAUGGUGUGUGACACGCUACAGCGAGCUGCGAGGUGUGGAUGCA